CCCGUCCCUCCCCUCCUCUCUCCCAAGUUUACUAACGCGCGUUAUUUCUCUGCUCCUCCAUAUCAUCACGACUCCUGCUCAGUGUUCUCCUGUUGAAUAAAGUGAUAACGGAGACAAGAAAAACUUCUGUCAAAUUUUGCCAGCGUUCCUUUCCACUCAAGGGCAAACACAGGGCAAUCCUACAUGAUGGCAGAGUCACAGAUUGAAACCCCUUGCAAGCUGCAUCGUCCGUUCAGGGUUUACGAUCCUGAGGUUAUAGCGGUUAUAACAAUAUUACUUGGCCUGUUCCAAGUGCUUAUGGGAUUUCCGGCUUACUACAUGAGCUUCAACAUACAAAACCUAUACGUAUGCCCAGUUUUUGUAGGAGCAGUAUAUGUGACUGGAGGAUCAUUUGCAAUGGCUUGUGAAAGAGCACCUAGCAGGAAGCUGGUGAAAAACUGUCUGUAUGUCAGUGUCUUCGCGAUGUUGGUGGGAUUCAGUGCAAUUGUUGUUUACGGCUAUGGAAUCAGUGACAUAAAGUCUGUUCAAGGCUGUGAACACAGCACUGAUUUAGUACCUUGUCCGCAGCAUGGAGUCAUUGAAUAUUUUAAAGCAAUUUCAGCACUGCUUUUGAUUUAUGAUAUGGGAGCAUUCACUCUUCAAGGCUUUCUCUUAUUUUCAGCUAUGAAAGGUUUGAAAUAAACAGAAACAAGCUUUAAUGCAUCAAUAUAUGAACACAUAUAUAUAUAUAGCACUUGCAUUACUGAGAAAAUCUAAACUACCAUGUAUAACCAAGUUAUUAAAUGUUUUGUUUAUAUAA